GCAAGUUUACAUGGCAAGACUGAAUUCUUUCCUAUUCAAUUAGGUACGAAAGAACAGCUAACAAAAGAAAAUGAAGAGUGGAAGCAAAAGAGCAGUUCAUUAGAAGAGCAGAAGACUGAAUUGGAGGUGCGGAUGAGUGCACUCAAAUCACAGUAUGAAGGUCGAAUCUGCCGUCUGGAAAGAGAACUUAGAGAGCAGCAAGAGCGACACCAUGAACAGCGAGACGAGCCACCAGAGUCUACAAAUAAGGUCCCAGAACAGCAGAGGCAAAUCUCACUCAAGUCUACUCCAGCUUCAGGUGAAAGAGGAAUUGCUAGCACUUCAGACCCACCAACAGCAAAUAUUAAACCAACUCCUGUUGUGUCAACUCCAAGUAAAGUGACUGCUGCUGCAAUAGCUGGGAAUAAGUCUACUCCAAGAGCCAGUAUCCGUCCAAUGGUUACUCCUGCUACAGUCACUAAUCCUACCACUACUCCAACAGCCACAGUUAUGCCUACAACACAGGUGGAGACUCAGGAAGCUAUGCAAUCAGAAGGACCUGUGGAGCAUGUUCCAGUCUUUGGAAGCACUAGUGGGUCUGUGCGUUCCACCAGUCCUAAUGUUCAGACAUCUCUCUCUCAGCCCAUCUUGACUGUUCAGCAACAGACGCAAGCGACUGCUUUUGUGCAGCCCACUCAGCAAAGUCAUCCUCAGAUUGAGCCUGCUAAUCAGGAGCCAUCCCCUACCAUUGUAGAAGUUGUACAGAGCUCUCAAAUGGAGAGGCCCUCCACUUCUACCGCAGUGUUUGGCACAGUUUCAGCUACCCCAAGUUCGUCACUGUCUAAACGUCCACGAGAGGAGGAGGAGGAUAACACUGUGGAAAACUCAGACCAAAUUUCAGAGGAAACAGUGGAUGUACCUCUUCCAAAGAAACUGAGAAGCAUACAGAGAGUUGGACCUGAGGAGGAAGUAACAGCAGAAGAGAGCACAGAUGGGGAGGUAGAAGCUCAAACAUACAAUCAAGACUCACAAGACUCAAUUGGAGAAGGUGUUACACAGGGAGAGUACACUCCCAUGGAGGAUAGUGAAGAAACUUCCCAGUCUAUCCCAAUAGAUCUUGGACCUCUUCAGUCAGAUCAACAAAAUACUUCUUCAUGUCAGGAUGGUCAAUCCAAGAGAGAUGAUGUCAUUGUAAUUGAUAGUGAUGAUGAAGACGAUGAUGAUGAAGAAAACGAAGGCGAGCAGGAAGACUAUGAGGAUGAGGAAGAGGAAGACGAGGAUGAUGAUGAAGACACAGGGAUGGGGGAUGAAGGUGAUGACAGUAAUGAAGGAACUGGUAGUGCUGAUGGUAAUGAUGGGUAUGAAGCAGAUGAUGCUGAGGGUGCUGACGGUACAGAUCCUGGAACAGAAACUGAGGAAAGCAUGGGAGGAGGUGAAAGCAACCAGAGGGCAGCAGAUUCUCAAAACAGUGGAGAAGGGAGUACAAGUGCUGCGGAGUCCACUUUUCCUCAUGAAAGUUCAAGAGAACAGCAGCCGUCAUCGGCCUCGGAGAGACAGGCCCCUCGGCCCCCACAGUCACCACGCAGACCACCACAUCCGCUGCCCCCACGACUAACUAUUCAUGCUCCUCCUCAAGAACUGGGUCCUCCAGUACAGAGAAUCCAGAUGACUCGAAGACAGUCGGUGGGCCGUGGACUUCAGCUAACUCCUGGUAUAGGUGGAAUGCAGCAACACUUCUUUGAUGAUGAGGACAGAACAGUUCCAAGCACACCAACUCUUGUAGUUCCACAUCGUACAGAUGGGUUUGCAGAAGCCAUUCAUUCUCCCCAGGUAGCUGGAGUUCCUAGAUUCAGAUUUGGACCCCCUGAAGAUAUGCCACAGACUAGCUCAAGUCACUCUGAUCUUGGUCAGCUUGCAUCACAAGGAGGUUUAGGAAUGUAUGAGACCCCACUAUUCCUUGCUCAUGAGGAAGAAUCAGGUGGUCGUAGCGUUCCCACAACACCAUUACAAGUAGCAGCACCAGUGACCGUUUUUACUGAAAGUGCAUCAGCUGAUGCUUCAGAGCAUGCUUCUCAGUCUGUUCCAAUGGUUACGACGUCUACUGGCAAUCUGUCCACCACUACAGAGGCUGGAGCUGGUGAUGAUGGGGAUGAAGUUUUUGCAGAGGCAGAAUCUGAAGGAAUUACUUCAGAAGCAGGCCUAGAAAUUGAUAGCCAGCAAGAAGAAGAAUCUGUGCAAGCAUCUGAUGAGUCAGAUCUUCCUUCGACUAGUCAAGAUCCUCCUUCUAGUUCAUCUGCAGACACAAGCAGUAAUCAGCCUAAGCCAUUUCGACGUGUCAGACUUCAGCCACCGACAUUGAGAACUGGUGUUCGUGGUCGUCAGUUCAACAGACAGAGGGGUGUCACUCAUGCAAUGGGAGGCAGAGGAGGCCUGAACAGAGGAAAUAUUAGUUAAAUGAUCUGUAAAGUAAUUACAGCUGUGUAUACAAAAGUGCCAGUUUGCCUGUGGUUGCUUUAGUGUAAUGAAGCCAGAGCUUAAAGCAGCAUUUUAUACUUAGAUUUGUGUGCACACAUUUCAAUGUCUUUAUUAAUAAAAUUAGACAAAAUGUCAACAUUCAAAUGGCAUCUUUUUUUAAAAUCCUCUGCUGUGCAUCACUU